AUGGGGAUUGGUCGAAGUACAGUUCGAACACGUGAUGGAAAAGAUAUUUCUCUUUCAAAUAUACAAAUUGGUCAAGAAGUUUUAGUAUUCUAUCGAAAUAAACUCAUCUUUCAACCAAUUUAUGAUAUAAUUCAUAGAGAAAAUACUAAAUUUUAUACAUUUAUUCAUUUAACUGUAUUUAAUCAUUAUGAAAAUUUAACUCAUUCAAUUGAAAUAUCAUCAAAACAUCUUAUUUAUAAAUAUGGAUUAUUAGAUCCUGUUUUUGCUUCACAAAUUCAAAUUGGUGAUUAUCUUCAAUUAGUUAAUCAAUUUAAAAUUAUUCCAGGAAAAGUUAUUCAAAUAGAUGAGAUUAUAUCACAAGGUUAUAGUGCUCCAUUAACACCUUCUGGUACUAUUGUUGUUAAUAAUAUUGUUAGUUCAAAUUAUGCUGAAGCACGAAAUCAUCAUCUUGCUCAUUUAGUAAUGCAACCUUAUCGAUGGUGGAGAAAUAUUUUCGAAUCAAAGAAAACCAUUCAAACAGAUCUUAAUUGGUAUAUUUCGAUUUUAUAUUAUUUUGCAAAUAAAACAGGUUUUUUAAAUAUUCUAUGA